GCAUUCAGUUCGGUCAACAUGGCGGACGACUUCGAUAGCAGUGGUAGUGGCCGGGGUGGUGGAUUUUUCGACAGUUUCGGAGAUGGACCAAGGGAUUAUGGUUCGUCCCAUGGAGGCGGAAGACGGCGUGGUGGCGGAGAUCGUUACAGGGAUCGCGCACCGAAACCUCUUCCAAAGGAACCUCCAUUUACUGCCUUCGUCGGUGGACUUCCGCCGGAUACAGUCCAGGGAGAUCUUGAUAUUAUCUUCCAAGACAUCAAGGACAACAUCAGAAGCAUUCGUCUCGUAAGAGAUAAAGAAACAGACAAAUUCAAAGGCUUUUGUUAUGUUGAGUUUGAAGACCUGGUCUCACUGGAGGAAGCACUGACUUAUGAUGGGGCUAGAAUUGGAGAGCAUGGAAAAACAUUGAGAGUGGAUGUUGCUGAGGGACGUCGAGAUGGAGGCCGUGGUGGCGGAAGAGGUGGACAAAGAGGAGGCAGAGGCGGCUAUGAUGACAGACGUGGAAGAUAUGGAGGCGAUGGAGGUGGUGGAAACUGGGGUAACAAGGGAGGAAGUCAUGGAGGAUGGAGUGGAGGAGGAGGAGGAGGAGGAGGAGGAGGAGGCAGUUGGGGUGGAAGAGACGAUAGCAGCUGGGGUGGCCGAGAUGAUGGUGGCUGGGGAGGUAGGGAUGAAGGAGGAAGAAGAGGGGGAAGAUAUGGGGGAGGAGGUGGCAGAGGCGGAGGCGGAGGCGGUGGCUAUGGAGACAGAAGAGGCCCUCCUAGACAAGAAAAUUUUCGUGAACCAACAGCUGAGGAAUUAGCAGGUAGACCAAAACUAAAACUCAAACCCCGCACUGUGAAAGAUCCUGUGAAUGACGUAGCCUCAAGUGUUCAACAGAUGGCCAUCUUUGGUGGUGCAAAACCAAGAGAUGAAAACGUGUAUGAGAAAGGGAAAGAGAGAUCUAACAGCCAGUCCAGUCAAAACAGUGGUUAAAUAUAAGAAAUUUAAAUAUGAAUUGAAGAAGCUAUUUUUCACUUUUGGAAGAUGUCCAAUGCUUCUACUAACAACGGCUUCGUGCAGGAAAUAAAGCACAGUUUUUGGUUCGUGUCAGCAACAGCAUUCAUAUCAAGGACGUCUUCCCGAUAGAUUUGCAAGAAUUCCUCCAUUAUUUGUGCACUCAGAACAUACUCACGCGAUAAUAUAAUGUAUUAUUUAGACUUGGUGUACCUUAACGACGUUUAAAGUUUGCGUUGUUGAAAACGAGAUGGUUGUUUCCUCUCAUUCUUCUUCAAUUACUUCCUCGACUCUUGGAACUCUCCAGUUUAGAGCGAUUUUCAAUGGAUUGUCGAAAGUAGACCGCGGUUGUUUUGAUUUUACUUAAAUUCGCUCUGUGAUUGGUCCAGAGAAGUCGCGCCAUCCUCCCAACCAAUCAGAUGCUAAACAAAAACAAUCGCGAAAGGGUCGCACGCGAUUUCCCGCGCUUCACUUCUCACUUUGCGUUCUCAUUGGUCGCCGAUGUUUAACCUUUUUUUUUUUUAACCUGGGAUCGCUUUUGUUUUGCGACACUGAAUUGAAAACCGCUCUAUUGUAAGGAUUUAUAUUUCACUAAAUUACAGAUUUCCACAAUGACCGAUAUAUUCAACCCGAGAUACUUACCUGCCUUUGUACAAACCUAGAUUUUUUUAAGUGAUAUUUCUUUUGCUUUUAUUUCAAGGCAAUGUCUUGAUUAAAUGUGCGUUGCUCUGUUGGAAAA